UGAAUUGCUUUUUAGUUUUUAUAUCUUCGUCUACUCCUGGCUUCGUCUGUCACUCUGUUUCUCCCAGCGGCAACAAACAAAACAAAGCUAACUCCUUACUUCUUUCACUAAUCCAACGAACAAACAAACAAACACCUCUCUCUCUCUCUCUCUCUCUCUCUCUCUCUCUGCUUCUGCUUCUCUCUCUAGGGUUUGGAGUUUCGACACCAUGACGAGGGAGAAGCGUUCUGCGCCAUAAUUCUAGUAGAGUUUUUGCUCUUUCUCCAUGCCAAUUCCAUUCACCGCGUGCGUCACUGAGCUAUUUGUCAACUGCUAUGCAACUUUUGCUAUUUGUCAGCGAUGCUAUCUAUACGAUAUAGCAGAUUAUUGGUUUUCUGCCAUUUUCCAUGACCUGCAAUUGAUAACACUGCUGUGUUCUGUUCUUUCUUCUUCCUUUAGACUUUUCAGUUCAUAUUUUGGAACGUGAAGAAAGAAAAGGAAAGUUGAAAAGAGAAAGUUCAGAUGACAAACCUGUGUAAGUAUCACAGUCACCUGGACAUGAUCAGUUAUUUCAUACUAAGAUCCUUAAAUCAUAUGAUAGAAGUAAGCUUCCUCCAGGUGUGACGAUCGAAUUCAUAAGAUUCAAACAAUUAAAAUGAUGGAAGGAAUCCUCAUUUGUGUGGCUCCUCAUUGUCUCAAGUCUUUCUUGAAGAAAGCUGAUUUUGAAUCUCAUAUCCAAGACAGCCACGGCAGCCUUCUUCGACCCAAUGCAGAUAAAGAAGAUGGAAAUGAGUCGGAGGCACAGAGUGUUAGGCAAUCAACGGCUUCAGAUUCCACUGCUCGCGGUCCCCAAAGACCAGUUUUUUCUCCUGGUUCAAAUUCCCAGCAACAUGAUCUGGAAGACAAAUCUCGUAGACAGACACACCUAGAGAGCAACCAAAGCCACCAUAUUAUGGUCAACAACAACACCCUUCAGAUACCAUGUCUGCCUCUGUUGGUGGUGGACAACAGGGCUUUCAUCUACAAAAUUUUGACAUGCAGCAUCCCCCACAAGAUCCUUCCCAGUUUGCUGACAGACAACAGGAAGUUGGUCCAGAGGCCCCAUUUCUCGGGUAUCCAGCAAUGCACCCUGCAAAAACUUCCAAUGUUCCCUUGCUGGUUACUUCAAACCCAAUGCCGGACCCUCCCAUGACAUUUGGCUAUCCCCCUUACCCAAACGAACGAGCUCAGCCAUUUUACGGUGCUCCCUAUGAUAUGCCUAGGCAGGACUCAGGUUCUGAUGUAGGUGGGGACCAGAGUUCAUUACUGGGUUUCCCACAAGGUGUCCCAAAUGGCCCAAAUUUUCCAGGAAAUUAUCCCCAGCCAUGGAAUUCAGGAAUGGGUGGUGUGCCUUUUGAACAAGCACAGGGUGGUAUGGUUGUGGAUCCAAGGGAGGGCAAAGGUAUAUUGGCACCACAGCCCAUGCCCCUCCCACCGCCACCUCCACCUCCAUCCCACAUGUCAUAUGGGAAACAGAACUACUAUUCUGGGGAGCUUGGGCAUGAUGGUCAGAGUUAUGGGGGGUGGCAGCAUGAUACCCGUGAUAGCUUUGGUAGCCAAGGCUAGUAAGGCUUCCAAUCUUUACUUUCUUGGAUUAGGUUUGGUUACUGUUCAGGAUGUUUCUGCAACCAUAUUUGUCUCAUGCAUCAUUCAAAUUGCUAAACAGCGAUUAGACUAUUUACUUUUGGGCCAAUUUGUAUUUUGUAUAUUUUAAUCGAAUUUUGAGUUUUUCCAUUAUCAUUUACCAAAGGUAAUGAAAUGAAAAGUUUUAUGUCU